UCAACUUCUACAUACAUGUUUCUGGCAUGUGGCCUUGUUUAACUUGUUCGCCCAAAAUCUAACAUUGGCUUAUAAAUUAUAUAUAAUCCGCAGAUGUAACAGUGCCAUGCAAGCGGUUGGUUUUUGCUAUAUAAAUUCGACCGCGGUUGAGGAUCGUAUUAGGUGUAAUUUUGGCUAAAUAAUGUCGGGUGGCUCAUUGCUGUUUCUUAUCGGUGCGCUCCUGAUGCAUGGCUGUGUUGCAGCAGUAUGUCGGGACUUCCAACUACAUUUGCAUCAUCACCAGGCUUUCUAAUUCCUCUCAUCAUAUUACAGCGCAACUGGGAUUACGAGCCCCUAUCCUUCACAUCCUAUACCUCGGACGACAACCUUUUAAAGAUUACCACCAAGGUUGAUCGACUGGGACGCAGUGAUUACGCGUUUUCAAUGACGCUGAACUGGAACUAUGAUGUGGACGAGGACACCAUGGUUGAAGCAGAAGUUUACCACUGCUCGUCAGGCGACGAAGAGGACUACAAAAUAAUGCCCUGGUCUUUGCCGCAACAGCCCUUCUUCGACUACCUCAACGGCUUCUACAAGGACGCGUUCAUCAAGAAUGUGGGACACUGCUCCAAUAUGGUCCAGUUCGAAGGUGAUUUUGUACCUCCAUGGCCCCGAAAUGUCUAUAUACUGGACAAGUGCGUGGCCAAUGGCGAGGGAUUGCCAGAUAUCGCACCAGAGGGUUAUUUCAAAAUAGUUUAUAAAAUGUCAGGGCAGGUUGACUGGGGCUUUACUCUGAUCGUUAAGGUGGAACACAAGGUUAUUUAGUGUCCAUACAAGUUCUUCCUAAUAUUUGUAUAUAUUUUUUUAU